AUGGUCACCCCAACAGGACGACAGUGUGAAUCGAAUGCAGAGAUAUGGACAGAUGAGACCACCCGCUGCCUCUGUUCUGCUGGCCAGCUCUCCUGCUUUCCCUCUCACUGCCCUGAAGGCCAACUCUGUGGUCCUCAAAGAAGAGGCUCCAAUGGGACUUCUACCUUUGGGAUUUGCACUAUACACAGUCACGCAGACGGCAGCACUUUUGAUGGAGUAUUGUUCCGCUUUACGACCGCCUGCACUUAUGUUCUGGCUAAGACCUGCUCACCCACUGAAACCCUGCCCAUGUUCGCUGUGGAAGUGGUCAAUGAGCAGCAUGAUAACACAUCUCUGCCAGAGGUCCAGAAGAUCAAUAUUAACAUGAGGAUUUACAGGGUGUCUCUGCUGAAAAGCCAAACAGACCGGGUUGUGAUUAAUGGGAUCUGGAGAAAGCUUCCACUAAGCCUUAACAGUGACACUGUCAACAUCAGGAGCACCCCUACCACUAUUGUGCUGGCAACCACUUUUGGUCUUACAGUCUCAUUUGACAGCACUGGUGUGGUCCACGUCACCCUCCCAUCAACCUAUUCUGAUAAAGUCUGUGGCAUGUGUGGCAACUUUAACCACCUCAAAGAAGAUGACUUUAGGAACCUCGAGUCACAAAACGCAACAGCUUUGGCUGAAAGCUGGCAGACUGGGAAAACUGCCUCUUCCUGUGAAACCAUUCUAUUCCCUCAGUGUGACCCACUGGAGGAGGCACAGUAUGCCAGUGAGCUGUACUGUGGAGGCUUAUUCUCUACUACUGGUCCCUUUGCUGACUGCUUAUCAGUUGUAGGGGCAGACAGCUAUAUCAGAGGCUGCGUGUUUGCCAUGUGUUCUACUCAUGGUGACCAAGCCGUGCUAUGUGAGACGCUACAGGUCUAUAUUGAUAUCUGCAAUAAAGCUGGCAUUGCAGUACCCAUGUUGAGGAACUCCACAAUCUGCCCCAUUCAGUGCGGUGAGAACAGCCACUAUAACUCAUGUGCUGAUGGCUGUCCCGAGGUGUGCUCCAGUCUGGAUAUAGCUGGCUCCUGUGGAAGCUGUGAGGCAAGAUGUGAGUGUGAUUCUGGCUUCAAACUCAGUGGGGAAAAGUGUGUCCCAGCAGAAGACUGCGGGUGCUGGUAUAAUGGAAAACACUAUGAGAAAGGAGAAACACUGGUGGAAGGAGAUUGUGUGCAACAGUGUCAGUGUAUGGGUAAUAACAAUAUGCAGUGCACUCAAAUGCAAUGUGCAGACAAUGAAGUUUGUAAGGUUAAAGAUGGGGUCAAAGGCUGCUUCCUUUUCAAACCCACCACCUGCAGUGUGUACGGUGAUCCACACUACAUCACCUUUGACGGUCUGGCAUAUGACUUUCAAGGGGGAUGCAGUUACAUAUUGACCACCACAUGUGGUGGAGGAAGCUCAGUCCAGUUCACAGUAUCUGGACACAACACCCACCCCCCCCUUCAGAACUUCACCAGAUCCAAGCUUCAAGCCGUGGCUCUCCAAGUCGAGGAUCUGUAUCUCAUCUUGAAUCAAAGCGGAGAGGUCUAUGUCAGUUAUAAGCAAGUCCAACUGCCAUAUUCCACCAGCGGGACAUAUGGCUCAGUAUGGGUGUAUGUGAAGAAUAAUCAUAUCAUCUUGGAGACAACUUUUGGCCUCAAAAUGCACAUAGAUGGAGAGAACAGACUGUUUCUGCAGGUGGAUGAGCACUACAAAUAUGAUCUGUGUGGUUUGUGUGGCACUUAUUCUGGAUAUCAGGACGAUGACUUUGUAACUCCAGGAGGCCAAAACGUGUCAGAAACGUUUGAGUUUGGUGACAGCUGGAGGGUCCCAAACAACUCUGAAUGUUUAGCUCGUCCAAACAAUCCAAGACUCUGUGACAAGGAUGAGAGGGAUACAGCCUACAAUGAGUGUUCAGUGCUGUUUGGCAGUGUUUUCAUGCCCUGUCAUGAACACAUUCACCCAAGCAUUUACCUCAAUAGUUGUGUGUAUGACUACUGUGCUACGAGCGGCGACCAACACACACUCUGUGAAUCUCUGAAGUCCUAUGCAACAGCAUGCCAGGUUUCAGGAGUUGAACUUCCAAAUUGGCAGACUGGCACAGCCUGUGAAGGCCUUUCUACUUCAACAGCUCCUCCAACAACUGCUUCUCCAACACCAGAUCAAACUUUUUGUCCCUUGAACUGCAAUUUUGAAAAAGAUCUGUGUGGGUGGGAGCAGCUUAUGCAGGACACUUUUGAUUGGACAAAACACUCUGGACCCACACCAACAAAUUUAACAGGUCCAAACCAAGACCACACCACUGGAGCUGGUUUCUACAUGUACCUUGAGGGAGACAGUGUAACUCAUGGAGACUCUGCCCGUUUGAUGAGCUCGGCGUGUAAUUUUAACGGACCACUCUGCCUGUAUUUCUGGUACCAUAUGUAUGGUUCAGCCACAGCCAUGGCUCUUAAUAUCUACCUGCUGAAAGACAGUAAAACAACAAAGCUCUGGUCCAUGAUGGACAACCAGGGACCAGAAUGGCAUCUGGGAAGAGCUGAUGUCAAAGUGUCUGGUCCAUUCCAAAUUAUAAUAGAAGGAAUUCGAGGCUCUAAUUAUCAGUCAGAUGUGGCCAUAGAUGACAUAUCUGUCCAUUUUGGCUCAUGUUCAGUGUGCCAAUUCCACUGUAAUUUUGAGCAAGAUUUAUGUCAGUGGAAUCAGUUGAUCACUGAUGCUUUUGAUUGGACAAGAAACAGUGGCUCCACUCCUACUAUCAAUACAGGACCUUCUACAGAUCACACCACAGGAGGUGGCCACUAUCUUUACAUUGAAGCCAACAGUGCAUCGUAUGGAGACACAGCUCGUCUCAUCAGCUCUGAGUGCUCUGACUCUGGACCUCAGUGUCUGCAGUUCUGGUACCAUAUGUAUGGCUCAGCAGAUACAAUGGGCCUCCAUGUUUACCUGCUCCAAAACAGAAUAGCCAAUCAGGUUUGGAGGAAGCAGAGUGACCAAGGAAAUAUGUGGCACCUGGCUCAAGUGGACAUUGAACCAACCACACCUUUUCAGAUCAUUAUUGAGGGGCGCAGAGGAUCCAAUGAUGAGUCAGAUGUGGCCAUAGAUGAUUUGAAGCUUUAUCACGGCCGCUGCUCAGAUCUGGUAGGUGGAAUUACAACACAAUCAGCUAGACCUGAUCUUAAUACCACAGCGCCCCCAAGAGUCCCUGUCCAAACCACUGCAGCUCCACAGCCUCCUAUGGUCACUGCUACCUUCCAACCACCGAUAAUAAAUAUCACUGUCCCUCCCGUAGUGGAGGAAACAACCAACCUAAUUAAUAAGAACAAUGUUACUGAAGCUCCAGAUAGCCGGCCACCUCUGCAGCCAGCAUGCCAGAUGCACUGUGAUUUUGAGCAAGAUUUAUGUCAGUGGAAUCAGAUGAUAACUGAUGCUUUUGAUUGGACAAGACAGAGUGGCUCCACUCCUACGAUCAAUACUGGACCAUCUUCAGAUCACACCACAGGAGGUGGCCACUAUCUUUACAUUGACGCCAACAGUGCAUCAUAUGGAGACACAGCGCGUUUCAUCAGCUCUGAGUGUUCUGACUCUGGACCUCAGUGUCUGCAGUUCUGGUACCAUAUGUACGGCUCAGCAGAUACAAUGGGCCUCCAUGUUUACCUGCUCCAAAACAGAAUAGCCAAUCAGAUUUGGAGGAAGCAGAAUGACCAAGGAAAUAUGUGGCACCUGGCUCAGGUGGACAUUACAGCAACAGACACUUUCCAGAUUAUAUUUGAAGGACGAAGAGGUUCGAAUACUCAGUCUGAUGUGGCAGUAGAUGAUGUGUCACUUUAUCAUGGGCGCUGUGCAGCACCAAUUUGCCCACGGUAUAGUCACUAUACCACUUGUGUCCCUGCAUGUAGUCCAACCUGUUUUUUCUUGAAUGGCCCACCACAUUGUAGUGACAAUGAGGUUUGUGUUCCUGGAUGUGUGUGCGAUGAUGGCUUUGUCAUGAAAAUGAAGAUUUGUGUGCCUCUGGAACAAUGUGGCUGUGUGGACAAGAAUGGCACCAAACACCAAUUCAAUGAACAGUGGUACACAGAUCACUGCAGUCAGAAAUGUGAAUGUGAGAAGGAUGACGGAAUAGGAAAGAUUGACUGUGAUGAUGAAGAUGAAUGUGAUGGAAAUGCUGUCUGCCUUCAAAAUGAAAAGGGCAAUUAUUACUGCCAGUCUACAGACUUCGAUGAGUGUACGAUCAAGAAGGACCCUGAAUAUAAAACAUUUGAUAAAAUGAAGCAUGACUUUGAGGGUGAACACUCUUACGUGCUGGUGAGGACCAGCAACUUGCCAAGCAACCUUCCAGACAUCUACAUUGAAAGCAUCAACAUGCCCGUCUUAGAUCAGGGCGGUGAUAGUCAGCAUGAAAAUGACAGCAGCAGUGAAGAAGAGCAGAAGAGCAGGGAAGGUGAUGAUGAUGACGAUGACAGCAAAGAACAUGACGAGCACCACAGAUUACAAGAGCUUAAGAUCAGAGUGUACAAUCACACUCUGGAGUUCAAGAAGAAUCGGAAACUGAUCGUGGAUGGAAAACCUACGGAAAUGCCCGUCUCAGUGACUGGUGGUCUAAAGAUCUGGAAGCGUUCCUCUCAUAUCUACCUACAAACUGAUUUUGGCUUGUCAGUGGCAUUUAAUGGACACCAUUCAGCAGAGAUUACUCUACCACACAUUUAUAGAAGGAAGGUGGGAGGCCUGUGUGGAAACUUUGAUGCUCAGAGAAAAAAUGACAGGAUGAAGCCAGAUGGUACCAUAGCCAGAAGCACUCAAGAGUUUGGAGAGAGCUGGAGAGUGUGAA